AAACAAGUUAAGAAAAUGCUGCCGAAUUUUAUAGAGUUGCUACGCAUGUUUUCAGUGGGCUUGUUGUGAACUAAAUCCAAAUGUGCAUAAUGCCAUCACCUAUCCAGUUGUAACCUUGAGUAAAACCGUAACUUUAUUUUCCGCUGGCCAUAUUUUUCAAUUGUUGUAAAUUCCUCUCGCUUUCUCUAGCUUCCAGCUGCUUACCAGGCUGGUGGAGAUCCCGCGGUGGACUUCCCCGUGUGUGGGGCCAGUCUGCCUUCCCGGAGCUGGGCGCCAGGUGGCCGUGGCCGUGCCCGGCUCGGGAGGCAGGUAGGUCUCCAAUAGCGACGGUAAACAAGCUACAGUUGCUCCCGCCACCUUGCCUGCAUCUAUCUAUCUCCAUGCAGUGGCUCGUUGCAGAUGGGGAAUUCUCGCUGAUAGUCGGGAGAGUUUGCUGUUCUCGGUGAAAUCACGGCCACCCACCCACUGCCAAGCCGCCUCUGACUCUGAGGUUGCAGCUGAGCAGGAUGGCUGACUUUAACAGGACCACUUCGGCCGGCUACCGCUUGGCGGAGGCACCGACGGUCGCUGCCUUUGUGCCCCCGAGCAAAGCGGCGGGUGGAGUCCGCGCAGCCCCGGGGAAGACCGGGCAGCUGGGAGGGCAGGAUGUGGUGAGAAACGACCAAGUGUGGAGGGAGUUCGUGCGGGCGGAGCGGCAAGGGGCAAGGCAGUGGGAAAGCAAGUGGGAUUUUCUUAAAGAUUACGAUGCCAAGGGUGCAUUAAAAAUACAUGAACCUCUUCCAGAGUACGUUCCUGUGUUCUCUGACAAUAUUCCAAACACUGCAAACCGGACAUUUGGCAGCAGGAUGGACACUUGUCUUGGUCAAGCAUUAAUAAGGAUGGAUUAUCAGCUUCAGAGAGACAACCGGAAGAAAAAACUGGACAAUGAGCUUGUUCCGUAUUAAAUGAAAGCAAAGUUAAAUUUCAUAAGUCAGGAAAAUACUUGAAUCAAACCUAGUAGACAGCUGAGUCUUAAUAUUGACUUGGAGAUGGAAUGGGGGAAGGAAGCCUGUUGGGAAUUCAGGAAACUUAAAAUGAUUUCCCUCAAACUCUCCCAAAUGUAACAAUGGGGCUUGAUGAACCCUUUCUCUCCAUUUUUUUGUUGCAGUCUGAUGGAUUGAUGAGUCAUCUGGCUGGUCACCAGGUAGGAAAGUCUGCUAUGUUCAGGGAGCAGAAAAAGUUGGGAGUUGUGGUUGAAUCAGUGAGUUUGUGACACAUUGGAAAUGAGAGCUAGAGGGAGACGGAGGUCAGGACACCGAGAGGUUGUACCCUGGGUGUAGUUCCAUCAUGGGUUUGAAUGAGGAAUGCAAGUAAGAUAUAUCCUGCAGAAAAGCAAUUAAAAGAUACUUGCUGGGUCCACAUCUCCCUUUAGCUGGUGUCUGUAAAACUCUGCCAUCCACAGUGAAAUUUAAGAAUGAGAUUAAAUCUGGAGCAUGUGCCAUAAUAAUAUUGAAAUCUCACCGUGAAACCUGUUGAUUCCAGUCCAGUCCAGCUGCCCACUCUUACCUCAUUGUGUUAAGAAUUCCUCUCCACAGCCACAAAUAAACUUGAAUUUCAAGCAGGCAAACUUUAUUCUCCUCAAUGCUAAUUUGGUUUUCUAAUUCUCAGGUUUUAAUUGAUUUCUUAAAGUAGAAUUUAAAAAAUGGAGUGAAAUCAACCACUCCAAAUUUUCAGAUUAAAAUUAAAAUUAUCAGAUCUAACCAGCAAUAUUUUGUUUAAGGAAUAAAGCAAAGUAAACAAUAAGUUUCCACAAAGCAU